GGUGGCUGCUGUGACAAAGGGAAAUUGUGCUUUUCCAGCAUGCUUACUGACCCUGAUUUACCUCAGGAGUUUGAAAGGAUGUCUUCCAAGCGACCAGCCUCUCCGUAUGGGGAAGCAGAUGGAGAGGUAGCCAUGGUGACAAGCAGACAGAAAGUGGAAGAAGAGGAGAGUGACGGGCUCCCAGCCUUUCACCUUCCCUUGCAUGUGAGUUUUCCCAACAAGCCUCACUCUGAGGAAUUUCAGCCAGUUUCUCUGCUGACGCAAGAGACUUGUGGCCAUAGGACUCCCACUUCUCAGCACAAUACAAUGGAAGUUGAUGGCAAUAAAGUUAUGUCUUCAUUUGCCCCACACAACUCAUCUACCUCACCUCAGAAGGCAGAAGAAGGUGGGCGACAGAGUGGCGAAUCCUUGUCUAGUACAGCCCUGGGAACUCCUGAACGGCGUAAAGGCAGCUUAGCUGAUGUUGUUGACACCUUGAAGCAGAGGAAAAUGGAAGAGCUCAUCAAAAACGAGCCAGAAGAAACCCCCAGUAUUGAAAAGCUGCUCUCAAAGGACUGGAAAGACAAGCUUCUCGCAAUGGGAUCAGGGAACUUUGGUGAAAUAAAAGGGACUCCCGAAAGCCUAGCUGAGAAGGAGAGGCAGCUCAUGGGUAUGAUCAAUCAGCUGACCAGUCUACGAGAGCAGCUGCUGGCUGCCCAUGAUGAGCAGAAGAAACUGGCUGCGUCUCAGAUUGAGAAGCAGCGUCAGCAAAUGGAGCUGGCCAAGCAGCAACAAGAACAGAUUGCAAGACAACAGCAGCAGCUUCUGCAGCAACAACACAAAAUCAAUUUGCUUCAGCAACAGAUCCAGGUUCAAGGUCAACUGCCGCCAUUAAUGAUUCCCGUAUUCCCUCCUGAUCAACGGACGCUGGCUGCAGCUGCCCAGCAAGGAUUCCUCCUUCCUCCAGGCUUCAGCUAUAAGGCUGGAUGUAGUGACCCUUACCCUGUUCAGCUGAUCCCAACUACCAUGGCAGCUGCUGCUGCAGCAACACCAGGCUUAGGCCCACUCCAACUGCAGCAGUUAUAUGCUGCCCAGCUAGCUGCAAUGCAGGUAUCUCCAGGAGGAAAGCUCCCAGGCAUACCCCAAGGCAACCUUGGUGCUGCUGUAUCUCCUACCAGCAUUCACACAGACAAGAGCACAAACAGCCCACCACCCAAAAGCAAGGAUGAAGUGGCACAGCCACUGAACCUAUCAGCUAAACCCAAGACCUCUGAUGGCAAAUCACCCACAUCACCCACCUCUCCCCAUAUGCCAGCUCUGAGAAUAAACAGUGGGGCAGGCCCCCUCAAAGCCUCUGUCCCAGCAGCAUUAGCUAGUCCUUCAGCCCGAGUUAGCACAAUAGGUUAUUUAAAUGACCAUGAUGCUGUCACCAAGGCAAUCCAGGAAGCUCGGCAGAUGAAGGAGCAGCUUCGGCGGGAACAACAGGUGCUCGAUGGGAAGGUGGCUGUUGUGAAUAGUCUAGGUCUCAAUAACUGCCGGACGGAAAAGGAAAAAACAACACUGGAGAGUCUGACUCAGCAACUGGCAGUUAAACAGAAUGAAGAAGGAAAAUUUAGCCAUGCCAUGAUGGAUUUCAAUAUGAGUGGAGAUUCUGACGGAAGUGCUGGAGUCUCAGAAUCAAGAAUUUAUAGAGAAUCCAGGGGACGUGGUAGCAAUGAGCCCCACAUAAAGCGUCCAAUGAAUGCCUUCAUGGUGUGGGCUAAAGAUGAACGAAGGAAAAUCCUUCAAGCUUUCCCUGACAUGCACAACUCCAACAUCAGCAAGAUACUGGGGUCUCGCUGGAAAGCUAUGACAAACCUAGAGAAACAGCCAUACUAUGAGGAGCAAGCCCGUCUCAGCAAGCAGCACCUGGAGAAGUACCCUGACUACAAAUACAAGCCCAGGCCGAAGCGCACCUGCCUCGUGGAUGGCAAAAAGCUGCGCAUUGGUGAAUACAAGGCAAUCAUGCGGAACAGGCGGCAGGAAAUGCGGCAAUACUUCAACGUCGGGCAACAAGCACAGAUCCCCAUCGCCACUGCUGGUGUCGUGUACCCUGGAGCCAUUGCCAUGGCUGGAAUGCCCUCCCCUCACCUGCCCUCGGAGCACUCAAGCGUGUCCAGCAGCCCUGAGCCUGGGAUGCCUGUUAUCCAGAGCACUUAUGGUGUGAAGGGCGAGGAGCCACAUAUCAAAGAAGAGAUACAGGCUGAGGACAUCAACGGAGAAAUUUAUGAUGAGUACGAUGAGGAAGAGGAUGAUCCAGAUGUAGAUUAUGGGAGUGACAGUGAAAACCAUAUUGCAGGACAAGCCAACUGAUAAGGGUCAAAAGAUUGUUGUGACCUUAGGACUUAAAGAAGCCCUAGCUGGUUCAUCCUUACCAGUGGCCAAGCACAUUAACUUUCUCAUACACUGACUGUUACCUUAACUGUUAGUCUUAACUAGUUGGGACAUCAGCUGACUAAUAGACCUCAGCCUCAAAAGGCUUGGAAAGAAAAAAAAAAAAUACAACAAGCAAACAACAAUAUCAACAACAAGAGAUUGAAAUAAGCUAUGGGUAACAUAAUGCCAGUAAUUCAGCUGCUACAUCGAGCACUGAAGUCUUACCCGUCAACUUUUUUUUUUUUUAAUAAACUUUAUGGCUGUUUGUUCUACAAUGUUCUAGAAAUUCUCACUCAGGUACACAGUGCCAACAAGUGGCUUGUGAAUGUGUUUUGUUGUUUUGUGCUACAAUUUUUAAAAAGAAAUAAGUUUUGUUUUUUUUUUGGGGUUUCUGGGUUUUUUCCUUUUCUUUUUCUUUCCUUUCUUUUUUUUUUGUAAUGCACCUGACAGAAAAAAGAAAGAUGAAUUUCUCUUUACUUCUCUCCACCUUCUCCAUCUCUAUACUAUAAAGAUGGAAGUCUGUGCAUGGGGGGGAAGAGGGAAAAAGAGCCUGUUUUUAACUUCCUUGCUAUCCACCACAAAAUAAGCAAUUAUUUUCUUCAGAGGACUUUCUUUAUCUAUUGCACACCACACUACAUCUUUGAGCAAGUGCCAAAUUUGUUGUUGACCCAGUUCAUUUUUUUCCCUUUCCUUUUUCCUGUUCCUUCUUAAGUUAGGACAGUGUUAUAUCUUAGACAAUCCCUUGAAAAACCUGAAAUACCAGCAGCUGGUGAGAUUUGACUUUUUUUUUUUUAAUGGAAACUGUAGGUGCUGUUCUCAGGUGAAAAGAGAGAGAGAGAGACAUAAGAAAUUUAGAGAAAAAAUAUUUUCUGAUCUCGGAUUUUUGUGUGUAUGUAUGUGUGUGAUUAUGGUACUAAUAGGAAUAAUGUUGGACCAUUGUGAGUUAAACCCACAUCUGGGGAUGAAAUCCCACAUCCUCCUAAGUGACUGGUCUGGAAGCAAACUUGACCUUGACUUUGCACUUCAAAUGACAACUUAACCAAUAUAGGGCUCAGAAAUUAUAUUUUUAAAUUUCUAAUAUGAUUAUUAUUGGAUGAAUCAGGUGGCCCUUUGUAAUAAAGGUGUGCAUGUAUAACAUGGAAGCUACUAGCAAACUGCUCCCAGAUGUCCCUUCUCCCUGGUCAGUUGGUUCCACUAACGUUUGCUACUUAAUGAUUUCUGUUUGUUUUCAUUGAAUGUAUUUGGCCUUUUUCCAGAAAUAUAGAAUUAGCUUAUUUCUUCAACAUUCCAUCCUUUCCUGAUCAGGAAAUGGAACUGAUGAUUUUAUAAGGUAUUUUUCAUCUCUCCAUGAAAUAAGGUGGAGGCCAUUUGCAUUUCAGAACUGUGGGCCAUGUGCAUCUCAUGCCAUAAAAAGCAGGAUUUGAUUAAAAGUUGUUGCAGCCCCACAAAGUGGAGCCUGGCUGAACCCAGCAAUCCUUGCCAUUACUCUUACUUUGCUGUAAGAUGAACCCACUGAAGUCCAGUGUUUGGUUCCAGCAGAGUAUGUGCAUAGAGCAACAACCAGCAGUGACAGGACUGCUUGUUUCGAUUUUGCCAGCCAAAUGCCAAGGCACCUGUAGGGCUUAUACAGAUAAAUGCAAAAUCAUUUAAAGUCAAUUGCCAUUAUUUGUGCUGAUGCAUCAGACAGUGAAUACUCCAACCAGUAGCUUGGAUGUGCUAUGAUUUUCACUCCAGUUGUCAUUUUCCUAUCCCACCCCUUAAUCCCAACCCUAAAGUUCAAUUUUUACAUAUAAAUAAGAAAAAAAUGUCCUUUUUAUUUUUCUCUCUCUCAAAAGACUUGCUCUGGGGUUUUGCUUGGAGGAGCUGAUCAUAUCCUGCAUGUCAGAGAUUUUGUUUUGUUUGUUUUUCUGUUUGUUUUUGAUGACUGUAUUUUCAUUUGAACUGCCUCUUUUUGCUAGUGUUGUAAUAAUGAUGAUGAUAUAAUAAUAAUAAUAGUAAUAAUAAUAAUAAUGGUCAGCUGUUCCCAGAUUAGUAAGUUAUGUAUAAUUUAUUUCUCCCUUUCUAUUUUAUUCUGCUCUGAUUUGGAAGUGCAGCCAAUAAGCUGUUAGAUAUUUAAAACAAAUUUCCAUCUCCAACAUAUAUAUAUAUAUACACACAUAUAUAUGUGUAUAUAUAUAUACACACACACACACAUUCACCCACACAAUUUACUUCUCCUUCCAUAAGUUUUCUCCUUUUUAAAAAUUUGGCCCCAACAAUGUCAAGUUCUGGUGUUUAAUACAAAGGAGUGAAUUAAUAGGAGGGUCGUGUUCAAUCUUAAUUAACUUAUGCUCUCAUCACUCAUUUUAGUUAUUUAAUUGCCACAGUCAUCUAGAGCCAAUUUUUUUGUUUUUGUUUGUUUUGUUUUGUUUUGUUUUUAAGCACUCUGGAUAAGAAAAAAAUAGACACUUGUUUUUAUAUCGUUAUUAUGUACAAUGU